GCAUGUUAUCGAUUCUAACAAUAGGAAAAUACAUAAGACUAAUUUAAGAAAAAACCCACUGACAAACAAUUAACACCGUCAAACAACGUCAUUCCAGUAUGUUGCUAGCGGUCAGGUGCGUCAUCGGUACGGUCAAUAUUCACGACCUACACUCCAACCCGCUCGUCGUAGUAUCGCUCGGCAAAGCAAAGAUUACAAUGGGACAUGUGCGCAUAUUACAUCCCAUCGAACUUGCAGGAAUUGGCAGGGCUAUAAACGGCGUCAAUGAACAGGUCACAAGAUAUCAGUUGGAAUGUAGGAAGAACACACCCCCUUGUCCGGCCUUAGGAGUCAUAGUACAUAGAUGCGCUGCACUACAAGACACCUUCCGAAAGAUUAUGCCUUCCUAUAGCAGACAGAAACGAUGGGAUACCAUAGGAACUGUCUGGAAAUGGAUUGCUGGAACACCAGACGCCGAAGAUUUGAAAACGAUUAAUUCCUCUAUGAACUCCUUGAUAAAAGAAAACAAUAGACAAGUCUUCAUUAACGAAAAAAUGAAUGAAAAACUAGCAAUAUUAACUAAUAUGACAAAAACCAUAUUAAGUAUCAACAAGCCAGACCCUCUAUAUACAACAAUAUUAAUAUCAAACAUCAACGCCUUACAAAGUUUAGUGGAGAAUCUGCAGGAAGCUAUUAUCCUAGCCAAGCAUGGCAUACCCAGUAGCAAGCUAUUGUCAAUGAGAGACUAUGAGGCCAUGACGAUGUUUCUACAGCAACACGCUAUCACUGUGAGUUCCUUCGAAGAAAUGCUAUCGGAAGCGAACGUGAAAGUAGCUAUGAACAGAACACAUGUUACAUACAUGACUAUCGUACCAAAACAAUCCGCAAAACCAUUCGACUAUCUAUACAUCGAAUCCGUCACAAGAAACAAAACCCGGAUUUCGAUAACGAAUCAUAACAUACUGAGAAAUGAAACACACGUCUUACAGUCAAACAGACCAUGCCUGGAAGGAAAUAACAACUUUAUAUGCGAAAGUGCCCAGCUUGAAGCGGCAAACGAAUGUAUCUCAAAACUCGUGCAGGGAAAACAUGCGAGCUGUACAUUCGAGCAUGUUUACUCCUCCAGAAAAAUCAAACAAACCAGUAGAGACAUAUUACUUAUCAGCGAUAGUUUGGUCGAACUAUCAGCCUCCUGCAAUAAUAACACACAAAUACUGAAGGGGUCAUUUCUGAUCCAGUACCACGACUGUAAAUUAGUAAUCGAUGGGGAAGAAUUUGAAAAUUACGAUAGCAUACAAUCUACGAAUCAUUACUCCCCACUAACUGGAUUGCUAGUUAACGUCGAGCAAAUAUUAGAUAAACCAGAACUGGAACAUCUGCAGAGCUUAGCCAUCGAACAUCGAAAAACCUUAAAAACAUUGACGCUACAGAAUAACUCCCUGAGUUUCAAAUUAAACGUGUUCAGCUCUUUAGGGUCAGCAGCCAUUCUUGCAUGCGGCAUCGCACUCUGUACACUCUUUCUCAGAUGCAACCGCAUAUCCGUGAAAAUGACCGAAGCAGCCAAAACAUCGACGUCAACAGAAACGCCUCCAGAGACAUCGGACAAAAGAAGAAAGGAACUUGAAACCUAUCUGGAUACGCCGACACCACUUCGUCAGCUUUGAGGACAAAGCUAUCUAAGAGGGGAAGAGUUAACGCAACGCAACGACACCCCGUCAGCAGACAGCGGAAUGCAAGCCGAGCCAUCGUCAGCGGAAUGCAGGUUGACCCAUCGUCAGCAUAAUGCAGGGCGAGCGGAUGUAUCGGAUGACAUCGCGGAUUGUUAGGGCGUUGCGCGUCCGUGGAGCGAUUGAUCAAGUCAGUCGAUUCGGAGCAGUAGACGAAUAAAGAAUUGUAAUAAAUAUUUUUUAAAACCUACUCCGCCGGGUCGGCUCG